UUCUUGAUGAUAAUCUCUACUAAUUGAUCCAGAAAAUGGUGUGAACCAUUGAUGUGUGUACUGUUCUCUGUCAGGAUGUAGCACCUGGGGAACACGGCAGGAGGUUGGGGUGCCUCCUGGAGGAGCCCAGAACGAACAAGUCCAACCUCCGGUUGUACAUGCAGGAUCUACCCCACUCACUCUGGAACAUCAAACCUCUCACCACCUGCCAGGGAGCAUGGCACAAGAGAGUAUGUCAACUGUUUACUCUUUUGAAGACUAUGAAGAAUCAUCUUCCAGAUCAGCCUUCAGAGAUCCCCCUGAUGGCCUAACAACUGAACUACAAGGCAGUGUUGAGUAUGAUCCAUCUCAAUCAUUUGAGGAAGCUCUCCCUGAUGUGGGGGUUUGGACGUAUGAUGAUGGACAUAUGUUCAGAGAGGGAUUUGAAGAGGAUUUGAGUGAGGAGUGUGCAGAAGAGUCAAAUUUCAAGGACACAACAGACAAGCCAUUAUAUGACAAUGCAUCAAUAACUGUGUCAGAGUGCCUUUUGAUCAUCAUGGCUUAUGUAAGUGAUUUGCUUAAAAUGCUCAAGUUGCUUUGUCCCGACAGUCUGAACACAAACUGCUUAAACAGUAUACAGAAGUUCAAAGACUUCUUUUUCUCCCGUUCUGCAUCAUCCCCUAUUGUAUUGCAUAAAUAUUGCAGUAAUUGUUUUGGGUCAUUAGAAAGUGCACAAUUGGAAUGUCUGUCUUGUGGAGCUACUAUGUCAGAAGAAAAAUCCUCAUCCUUCAUAGAGAUUCCAAUUGAGGCUCAAAUAAGAUCAUUGUUUCUCAAGCCAGGUUUUCAGGAGAAGCUUAACUUUAGAUUUAGCAGGAAGAAAACGGAUCCCAACAAUGUUGAAGAUAUAUAUGAUGCAGAAGUUUACAAACAGCUUGUAGAUGGGGGUGGUCCUCUUAGUGACCCUAAAAACAUCUCACUUACUUGGAACACAGAUGGGGUACCUAUUUUUAAAUCGUCAAAGUUUUCAGUGUGGCCCUUUUAUUGUGUCAUUAAUGAAUUGAACGUCAUGGAACGCACAAAAAGAGAGAAUAUGAUAUUUGCUGGACUUUGGUAUGGGGAUGCAAAACCAUCCAUGGUUACAUUUCUUAGACCACUAAGUGACACACUGAGUAAACUAGCAGACAACGGAAUUCUUGUGCAACCUGCAGGGUUGACAUCUGAACCUUUUCUGUGUAAAGUGCUCACCAUUGCUGGAACAUGUGACUUGCCUGCUAAGGCAUUAGUCCUUAAUUCAGUGCAAUACAAUGGUAAAUUUGGAUGUCAUAAAUGUGAGCAGCCAGGAGAGACUGUGAGGACGGGGGAAAGGGGACAUGUCCAUGCAUUUCCAUACCAACAUGGGGAUCCAAAAGGGCCACUGCGCACAAAUGAAAAGUUUGCUUUUGAUAUGAAAAUCGCAAAUGAGACCAAAACCACUGUUAAAGGGGUUAAGGGUCCCUGUUGGCUUAGCAAACUUAAGGGUUAUAACCUUAUCAAAGGCACUGGCAUAGAUUACAUGCACUCAGUCCUUCUUGGAGUAAUGCGUCUUUUGAUGGUUAUGUGGUUUUCUACAGAGUUUUCUCGUCAGCCCUUCAGCAUGGCAAAAAAUGCCAAAGAAAUUGACAGGCGAUUUCAGGGUAUCUCUCCUCCAUCCUCAAUUAGAUAUCCUCGAUCAGUGGCAUCGCACAGAAUGUUUUUUAAAGCAUCAGAAUAUCGGGAUCUUUUGAUCUUUUAUGGACCUGUUGUUUUCCGUGGAAUUCUUGCAACACUGUACUACAAUCACUUCCUUCUACUAAGUGAAGCUAUUUUCAUUUUAUUGAUGGAAUCCAUAUCAUUUGAACAGAUUGAUCAUGCAGAGAAACUACUGUGGAACUUUUGUUCUCAAAUGGCUGAUCUCUAUGGUGUGCGGUACCAAACAGCAAAUGUACACCUUCUCGUGCACCUAGCAGACAGUGUCAGGGCCCUUGGUCCAUUAUGGACUCAUUCUUGUUUCCAUUUUGAAGAUAUUUGUUAA